AUGACGCGUGUCGCUCCCAGGUCAUCCUGGAUGACCAUUCUGGCCAUGGCUUUGCUGGCAGUAUGUGCAAUCCACGCGCAUCCACUGCCCAACGCUGGUAAAAGCAACCCAACACGGCCAGCUUAUGGCCUGCGACCUCGGAGAAUCAUCCCCGACACUACAGAAUACUUAUCCCGCGUCUUUGCCACUCUCGACCUGCUCCAGGUCCCCAAGCCUAAAGUCACGGAAGAAAAGGGCAAGCCGAACAACGAGUCACAGACCCAAAAGUCCAACUCCACGACUUCGUCGACCUCGAGCCACAAUUCGACAUCUACUGAGAGCUCGACUAAAAUGCCCAUGUCGACACCAAUGGCCCACGCAACCCCAGCCUCGGAUCCUACGCCAGCGAGCAGCGCCGUUGAUGUCAGCUACACGGAAACUUUCAAACAUGACGGCAGCUCCUACUAUAAGCCAGCUGAGAAUUUGCAGAUUGGCCCUGGGCUGAACAACGGAAAGCUCACGGUAGAUGACAUCCCCAUCAUCUUCAGUGCCUUGUACAAGACAUUGUCAGAUCGGUUCCGGAAUAUGCUGGACUCGUCGGAUGAGGUUUCGCUGCGGAGAUAG